AUGCCACGUUCAUCGGCUACGGCUAGGAAGAGUCAUAGCAAUCGGCAAGACCAUGGCAGCGGCGGUUCUGGGAAGAAGCCGAACAAACAAAAGUCAAAUGGUCAUCUAAACACGACUUAUAACAGCGCCGCUGGAUCCGAAACUGGUCCAUCUUCGCAGGUCGACUGGCCAUCGCAUCGUUCUGGAGACCAAUCAACCGCGACCGUCGCCAAGUGUAACGGGGCGACCGAUAACUCGAAAGCGGACAACAACGGACGUAAUCAGCUGGGCGGGUAUGCGAAGGGGAAUGCUGAUAUGUCUUACGGGCAGACGAAUGCUGGCGUGGUGCCGAACGGUGGACUUGCCGGCCAGGCUUCACGUCGUACGGAUAAGUCGGUCACUGGGGCCAAGCGGACAACUUCGAAUGCGUCCGUGAACCCGUUUCAGUUGGCAUCCACCAUUCUCAGAUCGUGCCCGAUGUACGACACCAUUGCCAUUCUGAUUUUCCUGCUGCAGCUUCCGCCUAUGGUCCUUACUCUGGUCCAAUUCUUGUUUGCGUCCUUGACUUUUAUGCCUCCUAGCGGUACCGCGUCUGGUUCCUUUACCUCCAACUUCGAUAUCUUUCAGGGUCCCGCCGGGACCCCCUCACUCGGGACGAUGAUUGCGAUGGACGGUUUCUGCCUGCUUGUCUGGGGUCUUUUUAUGUGGACAUGGGCUCAAAAUUUCGCUCUCGACUUGGCUCAUGUCCAAGUUGCCAUAACCUUGGGCGGUGGGGGUGCAGGGAAAAAUGGAGGUGUUAACGCACUAUGUGUCGGUAUUGUUUUGAUUCUGCAUCUUAUCCGCAGCAGAGGGAUACAGGAUUUUGUUGUUGGCCAUCUCGUUUCGGCCAAAAUCAUCAGCCCCGAUUUACUAUCGCAUUAUUCUUACCUUAUGCCCGCCGAGUUCAAGCGCACCGAAUCGCAAUCAUCCCCAAGUUGGAUCCGGAGCUUGCUUGCUGUACAUAUUUUGGCCCAGGCGGGCACUGCAAUGGCGAGACGAUCAAUGACUAAGAAUAGGACCCCGACUCCGUCCCGGUCAGGGAAGCGUGUGGAUACGGAAGCAUCUGCCGGCUCCCAGACUCAGAUCGAUUCGGCGUUUGAGUCAGCGGCCAGCGUCUCAUCCUAUCUCGGCCCCGACGGCCAGAUUAUCAACACGACGCAUAAGGAUGGUAGGGAUCGUUUGAUUUCGGCAAAAAAGCGACGAAGGCAGGCAAAUCAAGUUCGGAGCCGCCAACCUUUCUGGGCUGCACUCGCAAGCACAAAGGUGACGGUUAUGAGGGAGUAUGAACAUUCCAGGGCCUUGUCGAAAACUACUAGAGGACUUGCAACAACGGAGGACGAUCUUCAGGGCGUCUCUUUAGAUGAUGGACUUGUUUGGAUUACAUAUGUGGAUAGUUCGACGAUCAAGUUCGCAGCUGGCGAUUUUGCAUCUUCGGACGACCAUUCCACGUCAGGUGCUUAUGAAUCCGGACGUGCAACCCGGGAGGAUACGGAACCAUUCUACGUCUGCGUCAAUGGAGCGCCAUGGGCAACGGCUAUCAUCACUAAAGAGCAUGAUUCUUCGAAGGCGUCUAAUACAAUUUAUUGGCGAGGCGAGAUCUCCGGCCUCGCUCCUAAUUGUGCCUACACAUGCUCUUUUGUCAAAAGCGAUACCGAUGAGGAGAUUUGUGCCAUGAGUGUCAAGACCCCUCCGGCCAAUGACGCAGAACAAGCCAACUCGGUUCCAACCCCUCCGCAACCCUCGUAUCGACCGUCUUCUCCAACCACCACCUUGAAGAACUCCAUCAUCAAUGCCGAGGCGAAAUUGAACGAAAAGCGCACUCGACUCCGCAAGGCCAAAAACGAUCACAAGCUUGCUAUCUCGAAGAUCAAGAAGGAGCUGGACAACUACACCAAUCGUCUUCAGAGCGGUACGGAUGAAAACAGGCAGAAGCAGCGCUCUCUCCAGCUGGAAAGGAACAUCAAACAAACCGAGGAGGCCACCGCGGCUCUCGACAGCCAAAUCGACACCAUGGGCAAUGUUCCGGACGAGGAGUAUCAGGAAUGGGUUGAGCAAAAGGCCAAGUACGAACGGGAAUUGGAACUGCUCAAGUCGGCCAAGGCAGAAAUAACCGCUACGCGAACCGCCAAUGCUCGCGAUUUGUCGUCGUUGGAGUCCGAGUUGAAUUCCGCCGCGCAAAGGCGCGAACGUCUCCAGGGUCGCCGAACCAGAGUGAAUGAGCAGUACGAACGGAUUAUCUCCGCCAAUGCACAAGGCCUCAACGAGCGAGAGCGCCGUGCUGCCGAGCAAUUUGCUAGGGAACAGGAUCAGUCCAAGUUGGAGUUGAGUUUCAACGAACAAUUUGCGAGCAUUUCCCAGUCAGUGCAGGACUACCAAGCGCGCACCAGUGCGCUGUGGCAGCAGUGUACCGCCGUCGAACAAGCCCUCCAGCAGCAGCUACUCAUGGAACCCGCUCCCCUCACCCCUGAAGGCGAGCUGCCUGGUACGAGUGCCUUUACCGACGCGCCCAGCGUGCCUUUGAGCACACUGGCGACCAAUAUGCCAAGUCACCGCACCCUACUCGGACAGAGCUUCCCUUCGCUCAAGUCCAGUCCACUGCAGCACUAUGCGUCUCCAAUCGGAACUGCUCCGUCUCAUCCGACUAGCCCAAUCGCCGCUCCGUCCUACAACCCCUUCUCCAGCUCGCCAUUCGGCAACGCAGCCUCUUUCCUCGAUCCCGACUUCAUCUACCGUGACCGUUCGUUCUCGAACCGAUCCGCCCGCAGCAGCCUCUACGGGCCUGACUUCCCAGAUGUAACGACGAGCCGCCGAGUUCCCUUUGGCGUUGACCCCUUCGAGCUCGGCAACGAGAAGAGACGUGGUUCUGGAUCCGACAGCAUGCCCCUCAACGGUCCGUCAGGCCUGCGUCCCAUCUCCAGCCCCUUCCAACGAGUUGCCAGCCGUACAAGCGAAACUGGUAGCGGAGGAAGCGGAGGAAGCGGAGGAAGCGGCAGCGGUAGCGGCAGCCCUAGCUCCGCCCGUGAUGGUGACAAAGGCAACUGA